AUGACUUCUAGUUCGGUACCUGCAACCGCCACUGUGGUGGAAUUUAUUUGCCUUUUCACUCACGACUUAAAGAGGAAACAGAAACGCUGGCAAGAUGGCGUCCUCAAAUAUCACACAUUCAACAAAAGGGUGAUGGUAUAUGAUGACCGGAGCCAUUUCAUUGGUGAUGCUCACUGGCAAGGAGGUGGCGACCUUGAGCCUGGUGAUGAGUUUGAACUCGAUCGCGGCUCUGCCAUCGUGCAGGUUUCGGACUGUACUGGCCAACGGGGACAAGACCUAACGGAGUUGCUGGAUAAACGCGCAAAAGAGGUUGAAAAGAGACGGUCAAAUGUUGGGGUCAGGACACCAGGAUCGACUGCAGCAGUCGCUCAUACUCCGAGGAAUGAGCAAAAUGCCCCCCAUUUCCAACUCCGACAUCGCCCACUCAAUGACCUCGUUGGAGGAGCACCUAAAAUUGGAAGAGCGGUUAUAUCACCGCAUUCGCCAUAUGAAGUGCGUAAGAUGGCCGAGGGCUCCGCCCAGCAACAGGACUCGCCCACAGCGGAUGCGCGUCCGUCAAAGCGAAGAAGGCAAGAAGAGUCACCGCCCAGCAAAAUGGGACACGCUCGUGCCCUUUUCGGAACGACUUUAACCCUGACACCCUUUUCGUCCAUCUCAUCAGCUCGCAGUCAAACCGUGCCUGACAAGACGAUCACGAGACCCGGAAAUAUGUCAACCAGCAAAAGGGCUGGGUUAUUGGACACAUCAAAGCACACUGACGCUAGUUCGGAACCACAACCCCAAUCUUCACACCCCGAAGAACUAGAAGGCUGUCCUCCUCGACAGCCUGCCUCCCGUCGAGUUUUCACACAGCGAGCUUCGUUGAGAGAACUACUGGCGGGCAAUGAGCAAAAUCUCAAUGAAGACUACCCACGACUGAGGGAGUCCACUCCAAACAAUGCCUCCCAAACAUCGAGAAAAGCAAGACCUCAAUCUAAAAACGCUCAAGACAAUGUGAUUUCGUCCACGCAGGACGUCCAACAAUCUGAGCAACGUGAAGAUGCAGCUCAAAACCCUCCUAGAACUGAUAGCGCUCGACAGAAGUCCGGCUCGAAUAGACGACUAAACCCCCACCACUCUGCGUCAGGCAACGCAGAAAAGGGAUAUUUAUGUCGAAGCCGAGAGCAAUUAACAGAGGCCAAUGACGAUGCAUUCCUCAAAUGGCUGGCACGAAGUGAAGGCGCUUCUCUUAUGAAACAAACGCCAGUAACUCCAACAGAUUCUCACCCGUCACGCCCAAACAAGUCCAAGAACGGCAAGAGUGCAGUAGGUCGGAGAACUGCGGAAGAAACAGAUGAGAGAAUAGCACACGAACCCAUCCUUAUUGGCGAAGACGAACAAGAGCAGUCGCCACGAAACGUCGCUCAGACACGUCCCCGAACUAAUGCACCAAAAUCGCACUGGGUGAACGAGGCAAACACUCUGGAACCGCAUGGCACUAAGCGACCGUUGAGUGUUGACAAAACGCCAACUGCGCAAGAGGGGGCGUCCGAACCACCACCUGCUAAAGAGCCUAGAACAGAGCUCCGCAUCAGGUCGAGACAGCGCCGUGGGCUGCUGAUGAUGGCGCAGAACAAGCGAGGUGGGAGAACAGCGUUGUCGGGAGGAUCACUCCCACCUUCAGGAACAGUAAGCGACAAGUACAUUGCAGCUCGUCCUGCUGGUUCUCCAGUUCCCCUGCCAGAGGAAUCCAGAACACCCGACGAGGACGCAAAAGUCGCGGAUAUAUCGCCAACCGCUGAAGAUAAGGAGACUGCCAUGCUGCUCGAAGCGCCUAGCUCCGAUAAAGAAAACAACACUGGGCCUAUUGGAAAGUCUGACCCAGCUGUAGCGAUCGACAUAUUGGACGAAGAACCGAACGAGGACCUGAGCUCUUUACAAGAUUCGAAGGCUGCGGACCCCCAAAUCGAAAAUCAAGAUUCGACCAAUGUUAUCUAUGAGAGAGGAAGAGCUUCGCUUACACCACCUCGGCGCACAAAUCCAGGUCGGCUUACUCGAGCAAAAGCAGCCCAAGUGGUGCUCAGCGAUCAAGAAGAAGAAAUCACGGCAGCCGAAACCACUUCCAAGUCUGAUGGUCCCGAUAACCCAGAUGAGAUUUCAUCAAGUGACAACGAGCCGGUCCAAAAGCGCAAGUCAAAGCCCAAACCCAAGUCCCAGCCGGAAAAAUGUCCUGGACCUAGGAUUACGAAAAUGUCGAGGAAAAGUGUGAAGAGUAAGGAGAUACUUGGUUUUAACAUGCCUGCCGAGGACUUGACACCUCCCGAGUUUAGCAUAAGAGAGGUCAGCCGACCGAGCGUCGGGGCAUGCGAAAAUACGGACAAGAUAGCAGAGACCGCUUCGAGUAGAUGCCGGGAUCUAUCACAAUUAUCGAGGAGCAUUGCACCUGCGACGCACCCACAAGAGAUUUCUCCAGAGCCGUCAAGUGAAGACCCCUCACAGAACAAGACACCAAAGGAUGAGGAUCAGUCGCAGGAAGAUCAGCCUCGCAUAGAACAACUUCUACAGCAGCCGCAAACAAAGCAGCCACUGCGUAUACCGAAUCCUGCGACUAGAGGUAAGAAAGCUGCCAGGAAACAGGAUGCAGCUGGCUUGCCACCUCAAGCAUUGGUCCAAUUCGACCUUUUAGCCCCGUCUCAUGUCGCGUCUGCGAACCUUCCACUUAAGCCAAAUCUUGUGAAUUACAAGUCUCAGUCAGAGCUACCAGGAUUCUGCAAAGCAAAUGGUGGUGCUUGGAGCCGGCAUGCAGAAGAUUUACUUGGUAUGACAAGACCUUCCAAAGCGUUGCCUCGACAAUGA